GUCCGUCACGACUCACGCCGGCCUCCAGUCCACACUACACUACUACAACUACGCCACGCCACCACACCCUCCGAUGAGAGCCGCAGCCACAUCCACAGCCAUUUCCCUCCUCUCGAGCUCCCGCCUCCGGACCUCCACUCCCGCCCGUCUCCCCUUCCGCUGCCGCCGCCCCCUCCGCCUUGCCGCGAUGGCCACCAACGCCUCCUUCCGCCCAGAGGCCGCACGCUCGCCCCCCGCCGUCGAGCCCCCGACUCCGCCGCUCUCCAAGUUCAAGGUAGCGCUAUGCCAGCUAUCGGUGACGGCGGACAAGGCUCGCAACAUCGCGCGCGCCCGCACCGCCAUUGAGUCAGCCGCGGCCGAUGGCGCCAAGCUCGUGCUCCUCCCGGAGAUAUGGAAUGGUCCAUAUUCGAAUGACAGCUUUCCGGAGUAUGCUGAGGACAUUGAAGCUGGUGGUGAUGCAGCUCCUUCGUUUUUAAUGAUGUCAGAUGUUGCCCGCAGCUUGAAAAUUACUCUUGUUGGUGGGUCCAUAUCAGAACAUUCUGGUAACAGCUUGUACAAUACAUGCUGCGUCUUUGGUUCAGAUGGCGAGCUUAAGGGUAAACACAGAAAGAUCCAUCUCUUCGAUAUUGAUAUUCCCGGAAAGAUUACAUUCCAGGAAUCAAAAACUCUUACUGGUGGGCAGGAUCUUACUAUUGUUGACACAGAUGUAGGCCGGCUUGGUAUAGGCAUUUGCUAUGACAUCCGUUUCCAAGAAUUGGCCAUGUUGUAUGCUGCAAGAGGUGCUCAUUUGUUAUGCUACCCUGGUGCAUUCAACAUGACUACUGGGCCAUUGCACUGGGAGUUGCUUCAAAGGGCAAGGGCUGCGGACAACCAGCUUUUUGUUGCAACCUGUGCUCCCGCUCGAGAUACCAGUUCAAGUUAUGUUGCUUGGGGACAUUCCACUCUUGUUGGACCGUUUGGGGAAGUGAUUGCGACAACUGAGCAUGAUGAAGCAACUAUAAUAGCCGAAAUUGAUUAUUCAUUGAUUGAGCAGAGGCGGCAAUUUCUUCCUCUGCGACAUCAGCGACGUGGAGACCUUUAUCAGUUGGUAGAUGUCCAGGCUUCAGGUUCUAAGUAGACUGGCUGCAUUGCUAGGCUAGGCAUGAUGUGUGAAACAAGAGUCGUUGCUUUGCGGGCAAACUCGUAGUACUCCUAAUUCGAUCAUGGGAUGUACGUGCCCAUCCUUUCUGUACUUUGCACUAUAGAUACAUGAGACUUAAAUGUGUGAAGGUGGACAGGACGAAUAAAGCGACCUGUAACAUGUACAAUGGCCAUAGUUGCCAAAAUAAUCGAGACUACUUCUUUCCUUUGGCAUUUGGAAGAAUAAAAUCAAAAUUUUACUCAA